AUGGAAAUUAUGACUGCUCUUCGUCGAUUCUGUACUAUCAUUGCUGUGUUCUUCAUAAAUGUUCAAUGCCAGGCAAGUCACCGUGAAGCGAUCGUUCAUUUCGACUUGAAAGGUGCCCCUCCUCGACCGAGUUAUUUCAAGCAGUUACUUACUAUCGUCAGCGACUUAGGAGCCGAUGGUGUGCUUAUUGAAUGGGAGGACAUGUUUCCCUAUGCGGGUGCUUUGGGUCGAAUCAAAAAUGGCAACGCUUACAGCGUUGAUGAAACACUGGACAUUUUACAACACGCGCACUCCUUGGGGCUGUCGGUAACGCCUUUGGUGCAGACUGUUGGACAUCUCGAAUGGAUACUGAAAACUGAAGAAUUUGCUCGUUUACGUGAGAACACCAGUUUUCCCAUGGUGGCAUGCAUUGGUAAUGACGAAACUCAGGCUCUGAUUCUUGAUUCCAUUCAUCAGGUGAUGACAUUGCAUUCGAAGGUACAAAUGUCCGACAUUCAUAUAGGAGCUGAUGAAGUCUUCCAGAUGGGACAAUGUGAUGCCGAUCGCAAGUUGCUACCGGUGAAGUACCAUAACAGUACGAAACGUUUGGUGUUCGACUAUAUCCGUACUGUUGCUACAAACAUUACGAAAACGUUUCCAAAAUCGCAGGUCUGA